UCUAGCUGCUUGUCCGUAGAGAGGGCGGGCCAAAGGCCGACGGAAGUGCCCGCAUGUUGUUGCCGGAAGUAGGAAGGAGGCUGUAAUGGCGGCUGCGACUGAAAUUGAGGUGCCGGCGGUCGCGGCGGAGGACAGCGCGGAAGGGCCCGGCUUGGCGGCGGAGGAGCUGGCGGCGCAGAAGCGUGAGCAGAGACUGCGCAAGUUCCGCGAGCUGCAUCUGAAGCGGAAUGAAGCGCGUAAGUUAAAUCACCAGGAAGUUGUGGAAGAAGACAAAAGACUUAAGUUGCCUGCAAACUGGGAAGCCAAAAAAGCUCGUUUGGAGUGGGAGCUGCAGGAAGAAGAAAAGAAAAAGGAAUGUGCAGCGAGAGGGGAAGACUAUGAGAAAGUGAAGCUGCUGGAGAUCAGCGCUGAAGAUGCCGAGAGAUGGGAGAGGAGGAAAAAGAGGAAAAACCCAGACCUGGGGUUCUCAGAUUAUGCUGCUGCCCAGUUACGCCAAUAUCACCGGCUGACCAAGCAGAUCAAACCUGACAUGGAAACCUAUGAGCGACUGAGAGAGAAGCAUGGAGAAGAGUUUUUCCCAACCUCCAACAGUCUUCUUCAUGGUACACACGUGCCUUCCUCAGAAGAAAUUGACAGAAUGGUUAUAGAUCUGGAAAAGCAGAUUGAGAAGAGGGACAAAUACAGCCGGAGACGGCCUUACAAUGACGAUGCUGACAUCGACUAUAUCAAUGAGAGGAAUGCCAAGUUCAACAAGAAAGCAGAGAGGUUCUACGGGAAGUACACGGCCGAGAUCAAGCAGAACCUGGAGAGAGGAACAGCUGUCUGAGGAAUGUGCUUAGAAUCUGGAGAAUGGGGCAAAAACCUCUGCUGGAAACUGACAUUUAUUCACCAUCUGAUCAGUUAACCAGAGUGUACGUAGUCCAUACUGUUCCACUCAGUAUUUGAAAUAAAUGUCUUUACUUCCACAUGCACAUGUCCACGUUUUUGUGCUUGGAUUAAGAUGUAUUUCUUGUAGUGUAGUUGUUUUGUAAAAAUCUAAUUUGUAUAAAUUCUAAUUUUUAUUUUUCUAUGUAUUUUAAAUGUGCAUAAUUAAUUAUUCAACCUUUGAAACAUUUUGGGCUUAGAUUGCUUGUGGUGGAUACAGAUACAGUCGCAGCUGCUUUGAGUGUUGUUUGGACUUUGCCAGAAGCUCCAGCUAGGCUUUGGUUCUGGUCAGGUUGAGGACUUAGAAGCCAAGGGUGAAGACACUGGUUCCUGGAUCUCUGGCCCAGUCCACCCGGGGCUGCUGUGACCAUGUCCGAGCAUCAGAUUGUGACUGUCAGCCUUGUACAGUUCUCUUUUAAAGAGCAAUAAAAUGCUUUGGAAUAGAGUCCCUCUGA